UUGUAUUAUCGUUUGCGUCACAAGUUAGAGUAAAAGUUCAGUUGAUUCUUCGCCAAUUAAACAAACAGAAUCGAUUUUACUCGGAAAAUAAAACUUUUAUUGGAACAGUUAUAGAAGCAAUGCAAGUGCAGCUUUUUUGAACUAGUAUUUAAUUAAAUUUCAAUCAAGGUGAGUGCUUACGUCUCAAGACACUUGACAGGUGACUUCCGCAUUCAUAUUUACAGUACACCAGAAGAGAUCAGAACCAGAAUUAAUUCAGCACUAUGUGCAGUGACAGAUCUAUCGAUUAUCCACAGGAUUUCAGUUCAGUUCAGCGGAAGAGAUCAGAACCAGAUUUCAGUCAUGUGUCUGUGAGGAGUGGCUGGUCUAUGGAUAAUCCACAAAAUUUCAGUUCAUUACCACGAAAGAGACCAGAACAGCCAGAGACCAGACAUGUGUUGAGAGACAUAUCUACAGGUCAUCAACAAGAUUUCAGUUCAGUUCAGCGGAAGAGAUCAGAACCAGAUUUCAGUCAUGUGUCUGUGAGGAGUGACUGGUCUAUCGAUAAUCCACAAAAUUUCAGUUCAUUACCCCGAAAGAGACCAGAACAGCCAGAGACCAGCCAUUUGUGGAGAGACAUAUCUACAGGUCAUCAACAAGAUUUCAGUUCAGUUCAGCGGAAGAGAUCAGAACCAGAUUUCAGUCAUGUGUCUGUGAGGAGUGACUGGUCUAUCAAUAUUCCACAAAAUUUCAGUUCAUUACCCCGAAAGAGACCAGAACAGCCAGAGACCAGCCAUUUGUGGAGAGACAUAUCUACAGGUCAUCAACAAGAUUUCAGUUCAGUUCAGCGGAAGAGAUCAGAACCAGAUUUCAGUCAUGUGUCUGUGAGGAGUGACUGGUCUAUCGAUAAUCCACAAAAUUUCAGUUCAUUACCACGAAAGAGACCAGAACAAGCUAUGUUCAGCCCUGUGUCUAUGUGGAGAGACAUAUCUACAGGUCAUCAACAAGAUUUCAGCCAUGAAGUCCUCAACACGUUUAGAUCAAAACUGAAGAAGAAGUUUGAGUGUCUUUAUGAGGGAACAGCGAUGCAGGGAAACCCAACACCCCUCAAUGAGAUCUACACGGAGCUCUACAUCACAGAGAGUGAGAGUAGAGAGAUCAGUAAUGAACACGAGGUGAGACAGAUUGAGACACAAUCCAGGAGAACAGCAACAGAGGACACACCGAUCAAAUGUAGAGACAUCUUUAGAGCUUUACCUGGACAAGACAAACCCAUCAGAACUGUGCUGACAAAGGGAGUCGCUGGCAUUGGAAAAACAGUCUCUGUGCAGAAGUUCAUCCUGGACUGGGCUGAAGGGAAAGAGAAUCAGGACGUCCAGCUCAUAUUUCCUCUUCCUUUCAGAGAGCUCAAUCUGAUGAAGGACAAAACACUCAGUCUUUCAGCUCUUCUUCAAGAUUUUUUCCCUGAAACAAAAGACAUUAAAAUAUCCAGUGGCAAAUAUAAAGUGUUGUUCAUCUUUGAUGGUCUGGAUGAGUGUCGUCUGUCUCUGGAUUUUCGGAGUGAUGUGAGGAGGUGUAAUGUAAGUGAAUCAGUCUCAGUGGACGUGCUGUUGAAAAACCUCAUUGUGGGGAAUCUGCUUCCCUCUGCUCUCAUCUGGAUCACCUCCAGACCAGCAGCAGCUGAUCUCGUCCCGUCUGAGUGUGUCCAUCGAGUGACAGAGGUACGAGGCUUCAAUGACCCACAGAAGGAGGAAUACUUCAGGAAGAGAGUCAGUGAUCAGACCGCUGUUCUGGAGAAGAUGUUGAGUCGAGCAGAGCGUGGAGAGAUUCCCAAGACUCUCACUCAGAUGUACACACACUUCCUGACGGCACAGAUUAAAAUCAAAGGCACAAAGUACAAUGAGAAGAAGAGCAAAGACAAAGAGAUGAUUUUCAAACUAGGGAAACUGGCAUAUGAGCAGCUGGAUAGAGGCAACCUGAUCUUCUAUGAGGAAGAUCUGAGAGAGUGUGGCAUUGAUGUGACAGAAGCAUCAGUGUACUCAGGAUUUUCAUCAGAACGUUUUUCUUUAUCUGACCUGCACAAGAAAGCUGUGGAUGUGGCUCUACAGAGUAAAAACGGACAUCUGGAUCUUUUCCUGCAGUUUCUUCUGGGUCUAUCAGUGGAGUCUCAUCAGGUUCUUCUACAAGGACUAAUGAAACAGACAAGAAGCAGAUCAGACAGAAAUCAGAAAACCGUUAAGUACAUCAAGAAGAAAAUCAGGACCAUUGACUGUCCAGAGAAAUCCAUCAAUCUGUUCCACUGUCUGAAUGAACUGGGCGAUCAUUCACUAGUGGAUGAAAUACAACAGUAUCUCAGAUCUGGAACAAUAAAUAAAGCCAAACUGUCUUCAUCUCAGUGGUCAGCUGUAGUUUUUGUGUUGUUGACAUCAGAGGAUAAACUGGAUGAGUUUAAUCUUAAUAAGUUUGUUGGAGGAAACAAUAAAGCUGAAAAUAUGAAGGUUCUUCAGAAGCUGCUGCCUGUGAUUAAAGAAUCCAGAUCAGUUCAGUAA